GGGAGGGAGGAUUGGGCGGCCCAGGCGGCGGCGGCGCGGGGCUCGCUCCUCCCCCGCGCCCUCAGCCAUUUUAGCAGCCGGUACCGCCGCCGGUAGCGCAGUGAUCUGCGCCGGCAGCGCCGGGGCUGGGCACGGUCUAAUCAACACUGCAAAUCAGUGUCUAAUCAACAGUCAUCACUGUGAGAUCCCUUAAGAAAAAGGCUAUGGCAAAGCGGUUAAAAGCUAAACCCAUCUCGGACAAGCCGGGGAGCCCCUACCGCUCUGUCACUCACCUGGACUCACUAGCCAACAUAAACAUCCCUGGAGCAGACACGCUGGACAAGCUCUUUGACCAUGCUUUAGCAAAGUUUGGCAAGAAGGACUGUCUUGGAACCAGGGAAAUUCUGAGUGAAGAAAAUGAAAUGCAACCGAAUGGAAAAGUAUUCAAAAAGUUAAUUCUAGGAACUUACAGAUGGUUAUCCUACGAAGAUGUGAACGAGAAAAUUACUCGCCUGGGGAAUGGACUGACUGCCCUGGGGCUAACCCCGAAAAGCACCGUCGUCAUAUUCUGUGAGACCCGAGCUGAGUGGAUGAUUGUGGCUCUCACCUGCUUCAAGUACAACUUCCCUCUUGUCACUCUCUAUGCCACCCUGGGGGAAGAGGCAGUGACCUAUGGUCUCAACGAGUGUGGAGCAUCAUACCUGGUCACGAGUGUGGAACUCCUUGAGAGCAAACUUAAGACUGCACUGCUGGAAGUCUCCUGUCUGAAACAUAUAAUUUAUGUGGACAAGAAGACAGUCAAUAAAUCAGAAUACCCUGAAAAUGUGGAGAUUCAUAGUAUGCAGGCAGUAGAAGAGCUGGGAGCCAAACCAGAAAACUCAAGCAUUCUGCCAAGCAGACCUGUUCCUACAGACUUGGCUUUAGUAAUGUACACCAGUGGCUCUACUGGGAGACCCAAAGGAGUGAUGAUGAUGCAUAAAAACUUAAUAGCUGGAAUGACAGGACAGUGUGAGAGAAUACCUGGACUGGGACCCAAGGAUACUUAUAUUGGUUAUUUGCCUCUGGCCCAUGUGUUAGAACUGACAGCAGAAGUUUCCUGCAUCACUUAUGGCUGCAGGAUUGGUUACUCCUCUCCUCUCACUCUCUCAGAUCAGUCAAGUAAAAUUAAGAAGGGAAGCAAAGGAGACUGUACUGUACUUAGGCCGACACUGAUGGCAGCUGUGCCUGAAAUAAUGGACAGAAUUUACAAAAAUGUCAUGAGUAAAGUUCAAGAGAUGAACUACAUUCAGAGAACUCUGUUCAAGAUAGGCUAUGACUACAAAUUGGAACAGAUCAAGAGGGGAUAUGAUGCACCUCUGUGUAACAUACUGUUGUUUAAAAAAGUAAAGGCCCUGCUGGGAGGGAAUGUCCGGAUGAUGCUUUCUGGAGGAGCACCACUCUCACCUCAGACACAACGAUUCAUGAACAUCUGUUUCUGCUGUCCUGUUGGGCAAGGCUAUGGACUGACAGAAACGUGUGGAGCUGGAACCAUUACAGAAGUUGCUGAUUACAGCACUGGCAGAGUUGGAGCUCCUCUUAUUUGUUGUGAAAUAAAACUGAGAGACUGGCAAGAAGGAGGCUAUACUAAUAAAGACAAGCCUAAUCCUAGAGGAGAAAUUAUAAUUGGUGGACCCAACGUCUCCAUGGGAUAUUUUAAAAAUGAAGAGAAGACAACAGAAGAGUUUUCUGUUGAUGAGAAUGGCCAGAGAUGGUUCUGUACAGGAGAUAUUGGGGAAUUUCAUCCAGAUGGGUGUCUGCAGAUCAUAGAUCGUAAGAAGGACUUGGUAAAGCUACAGGCAGGAGAAUAUGUAUCUCUGGGCAAAGUAGAGGCAGCACUGAAGAACUGCCCAUUGAUUGACAAUAUCUGUGCUUAUGCCAAAAGUGACCAGUCGUACGUGAUCAGUUUUGUGGUCCCUAACCAGAAGAAGCUGACAGCAUUGGCUGAGCAGAAAGGCAUCAGUGGAAGCUGGGUGGACAUUUGUAACAAUCCUACAAUGGAAGCAGAAAUACUGCGAGAGAUUAAAGAAGUGGCAAACAAGAUGAAAUUAGAAAGGUUUGAAAUCCCCAUCAAGGUCAGGUUAAGCCCUGAGCCGUGGACCCCUGAGACUGGGCUGGUAACAGAUGCCUUCAAGCUGAAAAGGAAAGAACUGAAAAACCAUUACCUCAACGACAUUGAAAGAAUGUAUGGAGGCAAAUGAACAGCUCUGCUGACCUGGCAGCUGUGCAGGUGGCUCCUCCUCAUGCCUCAGUUCUGGAUGUCUGUGUGUACUGUAGAUAUCACACAUUCAAAAAAUACACCAAAUGGACAACUGUUUCUGUAAUCUCUAUCAAGUGAAACAGAGACUAUCUUAGACUCCAAAUUCUUAUUUGUUAGCAGAUUAGACACUGAUGGUCUUCAUAGAGUUUUGUGUGAUCAUCUCCAGUUUUGAGACAGACAUCAUUAUGUGAAGCAGUGUGACCAGGUAAUUUUAUUGUUUCUCUAGCAUAUUCAGACUGCUUACAACUUCUCUCAUGCUGAAGUCUGGCCUGUAUUUCAAAGAGGAAAAAAUAAUGCAAUUGUGAUGAUUCUUCUGUCAUCAUAAAACACUUGUAAUAAGAUAUUUCCCUCUAGCAAGGAGGGAAAAGGAGUAUCCAAUGUCUACCCUUCUCCAUUUAAAAACAAAACCUAUACAACAGCAGUAGUCAAGAACUUGCUAGAGAUCACUAAUAAUGCACUGCUUGAAAAUGGAUGGAUUCUUCUGCACAUCAAUAUCUUGAAUCUUUACAGUGCCUACAAAAGAAUAGACAGUACACUUGCUGAAAUAAAGGUGAACUGAAAAGCUUUCUAAAAACAAAUUAUAAGAAAUUUCAGUCAAGAGCAUUGAAUUAACUAUUUCAACUUCCAACUCACCAAACAGGUUUUUAAUUGCCACUGCAUUUUAAUUCAAGCAGAGCUUUCCACUGGACACAGAGUAUAAAAGAAAAGAAAGACUUGCACAACUCUGGGGGUGCUGAUGAGAAAUCAGUGCCUGAAUGCAGAACUUGCAUCUGGACUGGCAGACAGCUGUGAAACUGAUGGGCAGUGGUCUCUAAACAGACUUGAAACUCAGAGGAGUUUUGGUGGGUUUUUUCAGAGGUGGUUGAUGCUUUUAAGGCAAUGAUUCUCUAGACCUUCACAUACAUGUGAGUACUGGUACAGGUUACCUGGGUGUAACUUGGAGGAUCAGGUUUUAAAUGUCUGCAUUCCUUUGUGGAAGGUAUUUCCGUUCACCUUUUAACUGUGGUAAGCUGGAUAAGGCAGAAACCAACAGGAGUUUCCCUGUCCAGUCUUGUUUUACUUACAGAAAAGUAGUCUGUGGCCAGGGAAUCUUUGUUUCCUGGAAACUUGUAAAAAGGGACAAAUCACUCUACAGAAAUUCAUUAUAAAAAUGUUCUCUUAUUAACUGGAAGUCAUAGAUGUGAAGAAGGAGGAAGAUAUAAUUUAAUAAUAGUUCAUCAUUUUGUGUGCCGAAUCCUGUACGGUGUCUUCUUUGAAUUGUAACUGAGCUCCUGCAUCCCUGUCAGCUCUUCACACUUGAACCAUAAGUGCUGUAAAAAGUGGAGGCUCUUGAUACUGUUCUACUUUGCACUUUCUUAAUCGUUUUAUAUAUGUUGCUUACAUUUUGUACAGCUGUGGCCCUCAUCUGCUCUAUAUUGCAAAUUCAUUUGAAAGUAUUUAUAGAUUUCUAUUCAUAACAUUUGUGUUGUGUAUAUGAUGGUUAAAAAAACUAUUUGGUAUUGUCACUGUACAGAAAGUAAAAGAUUUUGUACAUUGCUUCUCUUGAGCACACGAGCUUGCAAUUUCAAGACAAGUUUUUCUUUUUCUGCAUGUAUAUGUAUUUUUAUUUUCCAGUUAAAAUAGACUUUGGCAAAAAUAAACAAUGGCUCUACACUCCUCAAGUAAAGCAUCCCUUCUCCUGGGGACCAACUUCAAACUUCACCAUGCAUAAUUUUCUCUGGCUAGUGCAGAACACUGCCUGCUGACCUUCCAAGAACCUUGAGAGGAAAGAGAGUAAGAAAAUCUGGUAUACAAAGGUGAUGGUAUCCAGUUGUGCAUGGAACUAAAAGAGUCACUAAAAGGAACAAGGAAACAGCUUUUCUAAAAAAUCUUCUUUUUAAGAUACACACAGUUGUUUUGUGACAACUUUCUUAAAAUUCUCUAAUCCUAUUAAUUCCCACAGGGAAUAUAUCCCAUAUCAGUAGCAACUUGUAAAAUUACUUGGUCCUGGAGCCAUGGUACCAAUUUUUCCAUGUUUUAAAACUGGUCUCUAUUCAGUAGCCUUUAGUCAGCCUAUUAGCAUCACAAAAGUGAAAUACAUGUAUGAAAGAUACUUCCACUUGAGUCUGUCAGCAGGUUCUAAGACUAUUUUUUUUAAGCCAUGAAUGUAUUUAUAUGAAAUGUAUUUUAUCUUCUGUGUCUUGGUUGACUGAGGAUUGCUAUUUUCAAAAUAUAUGUACACACAUAACACAAUGUUAACAUUUCAAAAGUGGAAUACAACUUAAAUGAUUCAACAA